CAGUUUCAGUGCGUGGCCAAGAGCUGUGUGUGUUGGAAUAGACUUGUGUACGAAUCGAGAAGUGUCGCUGGGUGUUGCCGCCCUAGGACGCGUCAGCCGCCACCACAGCUGCCCCCAGCAGGCCUCCGCGGCCCCGGCCCUUCGCCAGACAGGCGGGCCCAGCCUUUGGUGUAUGUGUGUGCCCACCCCCGCCCGCCCCGCAGGUAGUCUGAUGAAGAGACCCGCCACCGAGGUGCUGUUUCAACACCAGCCGCCCCUUCAGGUUGAUCCGACCGGCGGCCUCCACCUUUUGGAAUCCAUCCUAACUCCCGCGCAACCCAAGAUGGGUUCCAUGUCACCGUCUCCCCUUGGAUUUGAUCUUUACUCCAGACAGGUAAGGGAGUACGCAGAGCACACCAGCGACUAUUUGCACAGCGUCAUGCGCCCCCCAAAGAGAGGAUCAGACGAGUUGCUGUCUCAGAGCGGGGGCGUGAGCAAUGGUGCCGUCAUGAGCCCCCAGCCGAGCCACGCCGACAACAACAAUGACGCCAAGAAGGUUAAGCUGGACACGAAGAACCAGAAGCCUUCGAAGGUGAUCCACAUCAGAAACAUUCCCAAUGAGGUCACCGAGGCAGAAAUCAUUCACCUCGGCAUCCCUUUUGGAAGGGUUACCAACGUGCUUGUGCUCAAGGGCAAAAAUCAGGCGUUCCUCGAAAUGGCCGACGAGGUGGCCGCUGCCCAGAUGGUCACCUACUUCACCACGUGCGUGGCCCAGCUGCGGGGCCGCGCCGUCUACGUCCAGUUCUCCACGCACAAAGAACUCAAAACCGACCAAACCCACUCAAACGCGAACGCCUCAGCGCAAGCAGCGUUGCAAGCUGCCCAAGCUCUGGCCGCAGGUGCUACAAAUGAAACUCAGGGUGGACCCAACACGGUUCUCAGGGUCAUUAUCGAGCACAUGGUCUACCCUGUCACCCUCGAGGUCCUUUACCAGAUUUUCUCCCGCUACGGAAAAGUCCUGAAAAUCGUCACUUUCACCAAAAACAACACGUUCCAAGCACUGAUCCAGUACCCGGACGUGGUGACCGCCCAGGCGGCCAAACUGUCUCUGGACGGGCAGAACAUCUACAACGCGUGCUGCACCCUGCGCAUCGAGUACUCGAAACUCAACAGCCUCAACGUCAAGUACAACAAUGACAAGAGCAGAGACUACACCAACCCCAACCUGCCUACCGGCGACCCCUCGCUCGACUCGGCCCUCGCCCUCACAGGGGCGACAGGAGUUCUGGCAUCGCCCUUUGCUGCAAUGCACGGCCUGAGUGCGCAGAUCACAUCGCCCUACGGUUCAUCGGUCGGAGAUUAUUUUUCAGUGGCGGCUGCAAUGCCAUUGGCGGGCUUCUCGCUGGCCGGCGGCGGCGCCAACAACGCCCUGGGCGCUGGUGCGGGCCUCCGGUUGCCCGGCGUGCAAACCACCGGCUCCGUGCUGCUCAUCAGCAAUCUCAACGAGGAGAUGGUCACCCCUGACGCUCUCUUUACCCUGUUUGGCGUCUACGGUGACGUGAUUCGGGUCAAGAUCCUUUUCAACAAGAAGGAUAGUGCUCUUGUGCAGAUGGCUGAGAACCACCAGGCACACUUAGCCAUGACUCACAUGGACAAGCUGAAUGUGUUCGGCAAGCAAAUACGGGUGAUGCCGUCGAAGCACCAGGCGGUGCAGUUGCCAAAGGAGGGGCAGCCGGACGCGGGUCUCACCAAGGACUACACCAACUCGUCCUUGCAUCGCUUCAAGAAGCCUGGCUCCAAGAACUACCAGAACAUUUACCCGCCGUCGGCCACUCUCCACCUCUCCAACAUUCCGCAACAAAUGACUGAGGAGGCUAUCAAGGACGCGUUUACCAAUGCAGGAUUUACUGUGAAAGCAUUCAAGUUCUUCCCGAAAGACCGCAAGAUGGCCCUGAUCCAGAUGCAGUCCAUUGAGGAUGCUGUAAUGGCCCUCAUCAAAAUGCACAACUACCAGUUGAGCGAGUCGAACCACCUGCGUGUUUCCUUCUCCAAGUCAACAAUUUAAGCAGCAGCCGCACCCUCAUCUGGCCAGCACAAGACUGGACUCGUUUACUAACUAACCCUGUGCGCCAAAUACCAAAUCCAUCAAGCAACCCGAAAGCAGGAACAGCGUAGGAGGAUGAGAUGUGAGCGAGGAACAGCAACAACAACCCGACCACUUACUUGAAACAAAUACACACUUACACACAAAUCAAGCAAGCGACAUUGACUGUGCACCUUUCAUAUUGAUAUACGAGAUAUUAUAUUUUUGCAUUUGUUCUCGGGCAGUGAACAAACAAUCGAAUGGUGGUGACGCGAUGCAAGUUGAAGAAGAGAAUGAAAGAAAGAAAGACACACACUCUUUAAUGAUGAUGAUGAUAAAUGAUUUUUCGUAAAUAAUAUGCACACACACACACACUCGUAGUUGAGAAAAAGAAAUAAACCGCGUACAUAAUCGUAGUGAAGAAGCGCACACGCACACUCGCGUAUUGGUUCACUCAAUGUGCUCCUCGAUGUUCAUUCCAGGAUUCGUUGUUAGGCACAAUUUUUGAACACGCAACAACUCGAAACACUGCACAACCCACCCCCGAGAGUGCUGACCUUGACAAUCAGCCCGCAAUUGGUUUAAGCCCCAAGAUGAAAGAGUCAUAGUGAGAGUAGGUUUUGCACUCAACAUAUCAAGAUGGAAUCCACCAUUCUGAAUUUGCGCCCCUCUUCUCUGUCCCCCCUUUCGUUACACAAUCUCUCUCUGUAUAAAAUGUGAAGAAAAAGAAAUUUUGACCAGCCGAGGCCUAAACCGCCUGAGAUAUUUUUAACGAGCUUUCCCUUAUUCUGAAAGGAACAAUUGGCAGGGCGACAACCCCUCCCCUCCCCGUUGUAUAGGCCGAUGCUUCCCUGUCAUGUUUCCAUUUAAUUUUGAUCUCAAAAGUUGUGCAAUAGUUCAUAUUACGACAACUUCUCUAAAUUUCUGAUGAGUAAAUAAAAUAAAAUAAAACAAUCGGUUAUGAAAACACUAAAGCGACUGACCGUGUGUUGUAAAUCAACAUAUCGCGAACCCUCCCUCAGAUGAAAAAAAAACACGCUUGCAUAUGUAUUAUUAUAUAUUACGCAUCGGCUUGCACAAGUUUAAAAAAAAAAACAAUUUGCUAGGAGAGAAGGAACGUACACAGACACACAAAUACAAAAAAUACACAAAGAUGUGAACUUUGUGCUGCUCAAAAGAACGGAAAAUGAGAAACCAAAUCCUGCAGUUCCUGCUAAUAUAGUAAUCAGCCCCGAUUCAUUGAUGGUUGUGCUAAGUAAACGUAUAUAAAAUCGAUAACACGAAGAGAAAGAAAGUCGCAAGAAAUAAAAGAAAAAGAAACACUACUCGUGUGUGAGCCUCAUAUCAUUUUCUGGUCAUUUGUUAUUCAACUGGGCGCGAACACCUUAGGGACUACUGUAAAAAUUUAUAUAAAAAUAAUAUUAAUGAUACAGUCUGCUUCAUGUUGCAUAAUGUAAAAAAAAAAAAUAUGGUUUCCAAGGUCCCUUAAACCAUGACCGGGAAGUGUUAAAAAUUACAAAUGUAGCAAAAAAUUGUUUCAAUUUGAAUUUGGCCUAAAAAUUUAAAAAAACCUUUUUCAACAGUCCUCAAAACUUAAAUUUUCUGUGUCUGGAGCAAAAUUUUGAGCUUUCGGUCAGGGUGUAGGGAACCUUUCCGAGAUUUGGUUUUUGUACCACGCGUGUGGUCGCUUGGUUUCCGCUCCCCUUGCACGGUGGUACAAGUGCCUUUUUUGCUAUCCCCGCGGGCUGCGCGUCGGGCUGGCUGCGUCGCUCGCGCCCAACCUGAAGCGCAGCGCGCCACCGUCUGUCAGUGUGUUUCUUAAUCGAGCCGGUCCCAUCGGGGCCGUGAUACACUCCUGUCAAUUAUGGAGGCCGCUGGCCACCGGUCUGUCUAAAAUCACUCAAUACAUGCCUUCGUCGAGUUUGCAAAGCAGCACACUACAUUGUACGUUCGAAUGAUCAAUCAUUUUUUCUUCGGAGAUCGACACACACACACUCGAUGAGUUUUCUUUUUAUCCAAGUUUUAAAACGAUAAAAAUCUCCGUGGCUCUCUCACUCUCUCGAUUCGACCUUUCUUGUAUCUCGCUCUCUCUGUCGACUAUACACAAGUAACAUUCUCGCGCGUAGAACCAAGAAGAAGAAGAAAAGAAGCGAGCGUCGAUCACUGCCAAAGGUAGCAACAAACAAAUUCACUCUGAACCCGAAAAACUCACUCGUAUAAAUAAUAUAUAUUUGCAUUCGGUCAGCGGCAGCAACACAACCGUGUGAUACAAACCCAUUAGAAAUUUUUGACACACAUGAAUUUAAAAAAAAAAAUGGCGAGAGAGAGAUUUGAAUUUAUUUUUGUUAAUGGGAAUAAUAAAAAUUCAAACGCAUGAGAAGAGAGUGAGGCGACGUGACUAAUUUAUUAAUUAUAUUGUCAUAUCUUGAAUGCGGCAGCCCGCCGCCCUCGGACGUCCCGGGGGCCGCAGGCGGGCCCGUUUGUGAGCAAGCGAACCUUUAAACGCUAAUCAAGGGAACAAUACGAUUGAAGCUCUAUUAAACACAGCGGUAUUGAGACUAUCAGGUUUAUUGUACUAUUUAAUUAAAAAUAAUAAAUAUAUUUACGCGUAACAUUAAUUAUUAUACCUACUGUAAGAAUAAUUAUUACAUGCGAAUAUAUCUACAAACGCAAGCGUACUAAUUAUACUGAGAGAGAUGCGAGAAAGUAUCAUGGUGACAAACAAACAAACAAAACACGAGGUAAAUAAUUAUCCGAAAAAUAAAUAAAAAGAUGCACUCGAAAGAAGUGAAAAAGGAAGAACGCGCGCGCAUAUUUAUACAAUUGUAGGUCUUAGUGGUUGUAAAUUUAAAUAAUAAGGAAGCAAAAGUGCGGCAGACCGAGGAAUUCCAUAUAGUUGAGUGUCCGAUUUGCAUUAAUUCGAAUUCAUUGUUGAAAAAGAGAGAGGAUUUAGAUUAUUAGCAGAAGUAUUUGCGCUCGCUGCGGUUUGUUUAAGAUUCGCCGAGUUUGAGUGUUUAUAUCAUAAAGCAAAACGCGUUAGUUCGGCAGGCAGAAAGAAAGAAUUGAAGAGUUAAGGUAGUUGUUAAUUAAAAAUCAUUGAUCCGUAGGCGGUAGAGCAAGACGAAUCAUUAGUCGUUACAUUUGCAUCAAGUAUUUAAAGAGAGAUACAAGAAGAAAAAAAAUGAAAGAAUAAUGCCAGUAUUUAUUGCGAGAGCGACUAGUUGAAUUUUAUUAAAAUACAUACACACAUGUACUCCUGCGUUAUUGUAUAAUUAUUAUUUUUAUUAAAACGUAUUCAUUGCUUAGUUUAAAUACGUAGAUAUAAUUAUUGUGAACGGAUCUGCGGUUGAUCAAACUGUUAUUAUGCAAAUCGGUCGCGUUGUUGCGGCCGCAUGUUGAACGGCAAGUUGAAUUUUUUUAAUACUUUUUCAGCAGUCUUGCGUUCCUCCCCCAACCUUUCGCGUUUUCCUAGUUUCACAUUUCGGGGAGGGAAUAAUUAUUGAAAAUGAACUUCGUAGCAAUAUUAAUUGUGUAUUUCGGUGUGAAAAUUCGACCAAGUGAACUAUGUCGGUAGAUUAAUUAAAUUUUGUACAAAACGGAAGCAAAAAUAAAAAGGAAGUAGAAAAUAAAAUCCAAGAGUCAAAACUUCGGCGUGGACGCGGUGAUUUCGUUUCGGAAACAGACCAUUUGAAUUCGGUUCAAACUAAAUCAUCAGGUCAAUUCCGGAGUUUUGACGUCUCCCCUAUCUAAGUUCCCGAAACCGCGUCUCAGACUAACGUAAGAAAAGAACUCUCCGAGCGUGUCAAAAAAAAAGUAUUAAGCUUUUCAAAACGACCAAUUAGGGCUACGUGUAAUGAAAUCAAUUAUUAAUUAAGUAGUUCAGUCUGUUGAUGAUAGACUUGAUAUGAGAGAAACCAAUGGUGCUGGCGGCCGAUUCGCCGCCUCCGCCCUCGACGCCGGCCCCGGUCUGCGACGCACACACGGGGUCGGAAGUACGUACGAGUCAUGUAUUAAUUAAUUAUUUCGAGGGUUCAUCCGCGCGAGUAUUAUGAUAAUUAUGUUACGUAUCGGACAUCAUUAAAGUUAAACUAACAAACAAACACAUACACACGCAUGUCUCUCAGGCAUCACGCCAAAAACAACAAUAGUAUUUUGUGUCGGUCGGUCAGGCUCUAUUGUCCUCCUAUUUAAUUAGUUGGAAACGCGCGCGCGCGAAUUAAUUAAUUAUUUAUUGUGUAAUUAUUAUCGUCCUCUCCUCCUCCGAGUUGAAAUAUCCGCCGCCGCGCUGUAACAUACACACACACUAUAUAGUUAAUUGCAGGCGCGUUUGUGUUUACGACAUAAGGCUUUUUAAAUAAUGUUAAGAUGUGCGUAGCAGUAGGCCAAGUCAGUUUUAUCAAUCAGACUCCUUAUUAUUACAUAACACACUUAUCAAGUCCUUUUUUCUCCUUUUUUUAUCAUCUAACUACACUCGUAAACUCUCAUAAUACAGGUAUAGGUUUUUUUUAAAAAACACAUUCUGCAUGUUCGUCCGGCGUCGCAAGUGAAGAAGAGAGUUGAUUUUUGCAUUAAUUAAUUGAAAAAAAAUUACAAGUACUGAUCACUCACACAUACACAUCAAUCGAUCGAUUAUCAUGUCUUUGCUGACAAGUUGUUGAAUUUCUAGAUCGCCAGUAGUUCUCGUAAGUGUCGGAAAAGCAGAUUUUCACUCAUUAUAUAAUUGAAUUCGUCUAGAUUGCUACACACGUCUCUCGUUCAUCCCACAUUUUUCACACGCAUACACUUUGUGGUCGCAAAAGAAGAAAAGAAAAAAAUAUUUUAUUCUUGUUAAUCUUUAAGCGAUUCUGUAUUAGUAUUAUUAUUAUGAUUACUGUUAAGUAUUAUACAAUACUAUUAUUUUUGUGUCUCAUUUUUUUGUAAGAGGAAACAAGAUGAUGAAACUGUGUGGACAUUUCUCCCAGAUAUUUUUCAUAAUAAAAGCAUGGCUGAAACGCA